CUUUGCACACCUAUAAGGAGAAUCUGUAACAGAAAAGAAACUAGGGAGAAAAAGGUGCUUUACGGUAAAUGAAGUUUUCUACCUUUGGCUUUAUAUAAAAGAGCAGCUCCUUAUUUUCUUUUCUUUUUGUAUUUCAUUUGAACAUGAAGUUAUUUAGCGUGAUCUUAUUUUGUUGUCUGAUAGCCAUUGCUGUCACAGAUACAUCAUAUUUUGCUUAUCCACCGCGAAACUCAGGGUAUUGGGCUGGUACGCCUAUCGAAUUUGUAGCAACCGAUGUAUCCCAUGAUAGCGAUGUUACUAUUCGCGUUACUCUUCAUUCUUCUAGAGAUGGCAGAUUGGUACAAGUCUUGAAUGAUUUUCGAGGAAAAGAGAUUGCUACCAGUGGAGAGAAUUUCAUGUUCACUUGGGUAGCCGAUGCACCUGAUGGAACAUAUUAUGUAAAGGUGACAGAAUUAGAAGAAGAGGACGAAGAUGGUGAAAGUGAGGAUGAAGAUGAUGAUGAGAAUCGAAGCUACGACUUUCGAAUUACUACGUAUCAUCCUGCACCUUAUGCACCCUAUUAGAAAUAAAAGGGCAUCUUUAUGCUUAAUAAAUAUGUUAUUAGAAUUGUCAUUCUUUCGAUUGAGC